GGAGGAAUAGAACAAGAGAAGCUUGAUUCAUAUGAUGUACAUUUCUAUGCACCUUCAAGGGAAGAAGUAGAAGAGGAGGUUAGAAAACAAGAGUCAAUAAAAUUGGAGAGGCUAGAUACCAUUGAGAUGGAUACAAUUGAACAAGGCAUUGAAAGCUAUGGUACAACGGUUGCAAAGGCAGUGAGAGCCAUCCAAGAAUCAAUGAUCUCAAGCCACUUUGGGGAAAAGAUCUUAGACGCUUUGUUUGAUAAUUUUGCUAGACUUUUGGAUGAUGAAUUGGUCAAAGAGGACAUAAAACCCAUCACUUUUGUUCUGGUUCUUAGAAAAAUAUGAAUAUUUAGAGGGAAAACGAAAGUUGAAGAAAAGAAAAUAUUCUCAAAGUGUUAUUUAAUUCGCACUACUAACAAGCUACAUUACAUGUGUGUUUAAAUUUGCAGCCAGUGACCAGUGAGUAUCUAUCUAAUUAUUGUGAUAGUUUUUGCUUCAAGUGUGUAUGUACACUAUUUUAUUAAUUUCGUGCACCAAGCAUAUAUAGCGGGACUGUGAGAGUACUUAGCAUAUUUAAUACUCUAUUAAUUCU